AUAUUUGCAAUAUACCGCAGCUAGAGACCGAAUAAUAAGAAAAUGCAAGACAACGAUGUUGGAUGUUCGACAACAACUAUUGCACAAGAGUAUGGUGUUGACCCAAGGACAAUUAGAAAUUGGAGACAGAAUCGGCAAGAAUUAGAAAAAUUGAGCAACACCAGAUCGAUGAAAACAAAACGAGUUCGAAAAUCUCGGUUUGAACAACUCGAAAAAGCUUUGUACACCUGGUUUCAGGAAAUGCGAUUCAGAGGAGCUCCUGUCAAUGGCCCUGUUAUCAGAGCGAAAGCAUUAGAACUGUCUAAGGAAAUGGAAGAUGGGACUAUGGUAAACUUUGUAGCAAGUGAAGGAUGGCUAAGCAAAUGGAAAUCUAGAUUUGAUAUACAAAAACUUAUUUGUGACAAUAAAUCUGAAGAUGAACCAGGUGAUGAAAUGUUUGUAGAAGAGUUUCCAUUAAUCAUAAAAAAGGAAGAGCCUGGGACUAAUAUUGUUCAGGUUGACGAAACUGAUUUAUAUUAUCAAAUGUUAUCUGCAUGUACUUCCAUAGAGGACCAAGAACGUGAAGCUGUGUGCCUUCAGCAAACUGAAGACCACAAUAUCAAAGCUGCACCAGCAGAAACAAUUGUUAUGCAAAAAUUUCCGAUAAUUGUAAAACAAGAAAAAGUUUCUGAGAGUGAAACUUCUACCAACGAUGAAAUUGAUUUAAAUCAUAAAGCAUUAUCUUUGGAGAAAGAAAAAAAUUGCCAAACUGUGGGUUCAAAACAAAGUAAGACUUCCACUAAUGUAGUUGAACCAACAGAAAGAAUUUUUCUACCAGAAGUUUCUGAAAUUUCCAAACAGGAAAGUCGAAACAAAAACGAAAUUUCAAAUACCAAUGAAACUAGUACAAAUUGUACAAUGUUAUCACAGAAAUCUCCCAAGGAGGAGAAAGAUCCCAUGGAUACAAGUUUUAUGCAAAAUGAGAAUCACAAACAAAUACCAGCUUACACUAACAUAGCUGAAUCAAGAGAAAAUUUUUUUUUUUCAGAAAAUCCGUUAAUAGAGAAAGCGGAGUGGGAAAUUGCUAACACAAAUAAAACACAACCUUCAACUGUGGCAGAGAAAAAUGAUUCUGAAAACCUAGAUCUUAUUAGACGAAAUGAUAAUCGAAUCCGGGUAAUAGGUUACAAUCCUAUCGAAACACCAACAGAUAAAAUUUUUAUUCAAGAGUAUCCAUUACACUGCAAGGAUGAAGAGGUUGUAGCUAGUCAAAUUUUUAAUGCAACUGAAGCUGAUUUGUAUUAUAAGAUGCUCCCAUCUCGUAAUUUAACCGAAGAAAAAGAUCGCGAAGGUAUGGCACUUCAUCAGAAUAAAGACAGAGUUACAGUGAUGACCUGCUACAACUCAAAUGCAUCGCUCAAACUCCCGUUAAUCGUCAUUGGAAGGUAUCCUAAACCAAGGGCUUUGAAAAACAUAUCUAAAUCCACGCUUCCAGUUUACUAUACGGGUGAACCAAGCGCAAUGAUGACCAUUAAUAUUUUUAAAAUUUGGUUCAAGGAAGUAUUUGUACCCCAGGUUACAACUUUUUUAAGAGAAAGCGGCCUUCCUUUAAAAGCAGAGCUUUUGGUCAACGAUGCUACAUCUGAUUCUAAGAACGAAGUUAUUUCGGUCAAUGAUAUCAAAGCAUAUUAUUUACCACAUAAUAAAACAUCUGUCCACCUAUCAGAUCGUGGAACGACUGAUAACUUGAAAAGACGUUACACAUCACUGCUUCUGAGAUCAAUUUUAUAUGCCCAAGAAAAUGGGUUUUCAGUUGGUACACAUUUGAAGUCUGUAAACAUUAGAGAUGUUAUAUAUUGGUUGAGCGACGCUUGGGAUGAAGUCACUCCUAGUAAAGAGAUCAUUUCUGACAAAAAUCCACAGUCCGACAAUCAAAUAUCUGACAUUAAGACAGAAACGACAACCUCAAAUCAAGGCAUAACUGAUCAAGAUCUUUUGAAUCUUUUGCAACAAAUUGAUAGCUAUAAAACUGCAAAAAAAGAAAUUGUGCAUGAAUGGAUUAAGAACAAUGAUAAUGCGUUCGCAAAAAUGCCGACAAAUGAAGAAAUUAUUAAAAUGGUUGAGGAGAACGAUGAACUGGAAGACGACGAUGCUAAUUUAGAUGAGACUGUGAAUGUGAAACCAGAAGAUGUAGUAACUGCAGCUAAUACAAUACUUGCAUUCUUUGAGACAUAGUUUUUUGACAAGGGCAGAAUUAGCCACGAUAAGAAAGGUCAAACGAAUUGCCAUGCAAAUAAGAAUUUCUCAACAAGUUUCAAAGAGUUAAUAAUAUGUAAUAUUCCAUUUACGUACACAUUCAUGUACAAUACAAGUUAACAAUAAAUUUGGAAAAGUCUGUUUUUUUUUUUUUUAUUUGAGAUUAAGUAUUUUAUCCUAAAAACGUAAGUAUUUUAUAUUCACAACUGUUGUUACAGCCCGCAAUGAUGUUGGCGUACUUUUGGGGACGAGUUACAAAAAAAUUUCGUAACUUUUCACUUUCUCGAAUUUUAGUCUCCUACAGCCUAUAGCCAGGAAACUGAUUAAGAAAACACAGCACAAGGACCUUCGUUGGACAAGACAAGAGUUUAGGAACAUAAUAGUUUUACUAAAAAUUCACCACAAAUUGAGCAAACAAAAUUGUAUCAGUACAUCAGGGAUAUAUCUACUGAGGACCAAGCGAUGAUAUUUCAACAAGUUUUUUUCACACUCAUUCAGAAUUCGGUUGCAGAAUUAACCUUUCAAUCACGCUGCAGCUACGCUGUGUCAAUAAAUUAGUGACGUAACCGAGUAUCACAUUGUUCGGUCCCAAUGUUUUCUGUUUUGAAUGUGAUGGACAAUUUGCAAUAACAGAUUCGCGCAAAGCAUUGAAAACCUACGUAAUCUAUGGUACAGAUAGACAAGUCAAAAAGUAAUCUAUUUUUGAUGGAUGGUAUUUAUUUAAUCGAAGAUGAAAAUAUCUUGAGAUUGUAGAAUGAACGGUUGCUAUGUAAUAUGUAUAUUACUUCAAGUUUCUAAAUAUUUUUAUUGUAUUUUAUUACAUUUUGAUCUUGUUUCUACAUACCUACAUCAUACACACUAGUACUGCUUGGAUGUAAAAUAUUACUCAUAUAAUAUAAUAAUGUAUUUUCUGUAUACAUAGCGUUAAUAUACUUUACAAAUUUAAAUUAACUGGAGCAACUGAUAUAAUAUAUGUUCAAUAUAAUGUAAACUCUGAAAGUAUAAUAUAAAUGCAAUAUUAUUCUUCAAGAGAAGAAAACCAAAAAUCGAAAAGAAAAAAAAAAAUGUUAUGUUUAUUAUUUAAUACAGUGUAUAAACAUUGGCCCCAAAAAUACAAUUCGGUGUUCUCAAAUACAUAUUUAACAGUUUUGGCAUAUAUUAUGACAUCUAUAUUCCAUGUAUAUUAUUUAUAUACACACUAUAAUAUAAAAAUGCAGAAGAUGGAUUGUUCACCUGCGAUUUCUAGUCCGUUCGUGUUGGGCGUUGCUAUUUAAACGUGACCGUACAAUCAAGUCGUUCCUGAUAAAGUUUAAAUAGGACUCAAACAAGAGGAAUCAUAAGAUAUUGUGAACUCAACGCCUCCAGUUACUUCCCCGUCGAAAGUAGCAAAUUAAUAAUUUUCUCUACUAACAAUAAAUGUUAUGGAGUUUUCAACAAAUAACUGAUAGAAUAAUCAAGAAAUGUGGCAAUAUGUACAAGGCCCACGAACGUACGUGGAACGAGUCUUUUACUACAUAUUAUAUUAUAUUGUGUAUAUAUAUGCAUAAAUUGUAUAUUUUAUUGUGUACACAUAUAAACUUCACAAUGAUUAUCAUGAAGACUUAUCGUUGACAUACAUGUCUUCAAAUUCUGUAAAUUCGAUUGAAUAUACUCAUUAUUUACUCCUUUGCUCGAUAUCAAGUCAGGUACGUUUCAAAACACACCAUAAGGAUUAUUGAUUAUGACCCUUGAGACAAGAUAUUGAAAUCAACCUCUAUUCAUACGAAGUUUUGUUUUUAGUUUUGUAAUGUAAUACAUAACUCGACGUUGAUGCAACACGUUUUAUUUCAAAGUUGAUAGGGUAUUUAAAUCAUUAUAAACAAAUUUCUAUAUCGCAAUGAGAGUUCCUCAAUAGCUACUAUAAUAUUGAAUUUUCAUCGCUAUCUCAAAAAAUUUAAUCUCCGUGUUGAAGAAUAACGCCUGAUAUUCUCAUUUCUAAGAAGCAUUAAAUACUCUCUUCAUCUUUCUCUAUAUAGCUGUUCAUCUUCUCUCACAAAAUAAUAGAUGAACAAUAAUAUGUGAAUCAAGGAAGAA